GAGCCAUGCAUGACUAGCUCUCACACAAUUUCCCUAGCGGCCUGGAUCCCCCUGUGUGUAGGUAGUCUACAGUUACAGAUUGCGUAGAGCUAUCUACAUCACUUGCAGAAAGUCGUUUUUCGUCCCCAAGAAGACCUCCCUCCCGCCGGUCGAUGUGUUCAUCUGGUUGCUAAAUCCCGAGGCCCGCCUCUCAGGGAAGCCGUGCAAUAAUCAAACUCGCAGCCAUGUCCGCAGGCGACGGCGGAGACCCUACUGGGAAAGAAUGGCAGCACUCUCGACGGCAAACACCUCAUAAACCUCCGCCCGUAGCCGCGGUGCGGCACGAAAAACUCGCACGACGAUGGCCGUUCCUUUUACAGUUGUUUGUCUGUCUCUUCUUCGUUUUGUUGUUGCCCGUCUCAGUCUCUUCCGAAGUUAUCUGCGCGCACGCUAACUCAACCUGCUCUAACUGCUCCGCUCUAUGCGGAGUUGCUCAGUUUUUCACCCUUCUACCCUCUCCCUGUCACCCAGAAUUCCCUGCAACCUCAUAUGACUAUGGCAGUUCAUCCUUUUCACUUUCUGGAGCCUCUCUCUCUUCUCCUAUUGAUCUCCUCCCAACAAAUCUCGACAAUUCAUUCAGUUUGUCUACACGAUUCAACAGGACCUCUGCCAAUGGGACUUUACUGGACCUAGAGACUGACUCAGUGACUGUUUCUGUUUCGCUGGUUGAUGGUGUUCCCCAAGUCACGCUGGGAACUGAUUCGGUGUUGGUUGCAGCUAAUAUGUCAUCGGAAAGCGUCUGGAAUCAUAUUGUUGUCAGUUUCGAAAACACGACGACAGAUUCACUAAAUUCUCUGAAAGUCUUGAUGUAUUUAAACGGAGAUCUAGAGGGCUCAUUAGCCGCAUCCCUCACAUUUCCAACCAGUGUGCGAUCAGCAACUAUUGGCAGUGGGUUCACCGGCUUGCUGAAGGACGUGGGGAUUUACGUUCCUUCACUAAGUGAAGCUGACCUGGACCCAACUCCAGCCAACUUAGUCCCUCAGUGCCUCUGCUACCCAGGCACAAUCUCCACAACCAAUACUUCCCUCUGUAAUGGCAAUACUAUCAACAGAUACGAUGAGACUGCCCAUGUGGUGGAGUUCUUGUUUGAUGACUCAACCGAGACAUACUGGGAGUCUGCAAUGGGUGAGACACCGGUGACCGUCACACUGACACUGGCCUCACUCAGGAACCUAUCAAAGAUAUUCAUAUAUUUUGAGUCUGCACUGCCAACCUUUGCCACGUUGGAGUACAUGGACGAUUCCCAGUGGGUGCCACUGCAAUACUGGGCCGACAAUUGCACCAGUGCAGGGAUCAAUGAAAGUGCCAGCACACUCCAAGAAGCAAUUUGUACCAGUACCCAAGGCACCGGAACAUCACUUCAGUUUUUGAUUGCAGCUGGAGACCGACCCAUAGCCACAAGCCAGGAAGAUGUAUUUCAGACGGAUCAGCUUCGGUUAACCUUGGAUGGAUUUGCAACGGGAGUGUCUCAGUAUGCCAUUCGUGAGUUUGAAGUCUGUACUACAUACUGCACAGACACCAGCUCACUUGUGACUGCACACAAUUGACUGACACCACUUCUUCCGGGUUGCCUACGGAAGUAGUAUCCACAACCGAUUUUAUGGCCUUGUCGACAGUUGCGCAGCCCUUCAUCACUAGCUCUGACACGGUCGACACCACCAUUAUGGCCGCUUCCCAGAUGCUUAGUCCAACACCAACUAGUACGUCACCAACAGUAGUACUAACUGCAGAUUCAAGUUCUUUGCCCGCACAACAAACCUCUGCACAAACAACCCCUGAUUUUGUCUCACAAACCACCUCUGAUUUUGUCCCACAACCAACAACAGUUCUAGAGGCGAGCGGCUCUGGAGGUGUAGUUUCAGCUACAGCUGUAGUCUCAUCAGAAUCCCUGGAAACUAGCUCAGAGUCUGUCGACAGUUCAUCUUCUGUCAUACAGAUGUCGUCGCUGGUUCCUUCGAUUUCUCCCUUAGAGUCAAGCAGCACAGGAGGUGUAGGUUCAACUACAUCUAUAGUCGGAACAAGUGAAACUGUGACGGAAACUAGCAGCUUUGGGUUGACCAGCCGUACACCUGUGCCUGAAACUACAUCUCAAGCUUUAACUCUACCUUCAAGCUCCACAAUAGAUUCUUCAAGUACCCGAGUUGCUUCAACCCCUACCCCCCAAACAACUGUAGUAUCAAGCACCAUACCUAUCUUAGAACCAACUCCGGUGACUAGUAGUGCUGCAGUUGUGCAAUCAAGUUCCGCAAGUACCAGCCGUACACCUGUGCCUGAAACUACAUCUCAAGCUUUAACUCUACCUUCAAGCUCCACAAUAGAUUCUUCAAGUACCCAAGUUGCUUCAACCCCUACCCCCCAAACAACUGUAGUAUCAAGCACCAUACCUAUCUUAGAACCAACUCCGGUGACUAGUAGUGCUGCAGUUGUGCAAUCAAGUUCCGCAAGUACACCUGUGCCUGAAACUACAUCUCAAGCUUUAACUCUACCUUCAAGCUCCACAAUAGAUUCUUCAAGUACCCAAGUUGCUUCAACCCCUACCCCCCAAACAACUCCGGUGACUAGUAGUGCUGCAGUUGUGCAAUCAAGUUCCGCAAGUACCAGCCGUACACCUGUGCCUGAAACUACAUCUCAAGCUUUAACUCUACUUUCAAGCUCCACAAUAGAUUCUUCAAGUACCCGAGUUGCUUCAACCCCCCAAACAACUGUAGUAUCAAGCACAAUACCUAUCUUAGAACCAACUCUGGUGACUAGUAGUGCUGCAGUUGUGCAAUCAAGUUCCACACUGCUGAGCUCAAAUAUCGACUCUUUCUUAACCACAUCUCUUGUUGUGCCAGCUCCCACUAGAACAACAACUAGUGUUGUAGGGUCAGUUAGCUCUACUGUUGAUGUCGUGGGCACAUCUAUAGCAUUUAUGGAGUCAAGUUCUGAUGCUGGUUUUAACACUACAGUACCAUCUACUGUUGUUGAGUCAGUUAGCUCUACCAGUGAUGUUAGGAGUACAUCUACACCAUCUGUGGAGUCAAGUUCUACUGUUUUAGAGUCAGUUAGCUCUACUGCUGUUGAUGUCACGAGCACAUCCUCAGUACCAUCUACUGUUGUAGAGUCAGCUAGCUCUACCGUUGAUGUCAUGAGCACAUCUAUACCAUUCGUUGUGUCCAGCUCUGAUGUUGGUUUAAGCACUGUCACCUUGGUACUAUCUACUGUUGUAGAGUCAGUUAACUCUACCAUUGAUGUCAUAAGCACAUCUAUUCCAUUCGUGGAGUCCAGCUCUGGUACUAGUGUGAGCAUUCCCACCUCUGUUCCAUUCCAAGUUCAGUCAUCGGUUACAAGUGUCAUGGCUACUGUGACACUGGAGCCAUCUCAGACCGCUGCCCAAUCCUCUGAUCAAAUUACUACCGUGAUUGAACCAACGGUCCAAAUCAGCACUUCCAGUGAGUUUGAAUUGACUCAGUCUUUAACCCCGACAAUAACGAGUCCUGUUCAGAUCAGCACUAGCCCCCUACCUGGUGUUACAUCCACUGAAGUAAGAGAGUUGCCUAGUAGCACAACAUUUUUAGCCUCUGAGCAGCCAGCGCCAUCUAGUACAUUCCUAACCACCCGAGACUCAAGCACAAUUUUUACAACUUCUGCACAACAGAGCACCACUAUUCUACCUAGUCCUACGCCAACAGCUCCACUAUCAUCAUCGCUUGUAGAAGAAGCUGUGCUAACAACAUCAUUUACCAGUGAGUCAUCGUUUGCUUUUACUCCUUUAUUGCCCACUGCCGUGCCAACUAUGACCCCUGAGAGCACUCCUGAAGUAAGUUCUCAGUCAGUCGAGCUGACUGUUUUGCUUUCAAACACUGCUCAGUUUACAAGCUCAGAGGUUUUCGAAGCUACUAGUUCAGUUGCAGUACAAGUUUCAUCACCAGUGGUAACACCUACAGCUGUGUUUACCACUAUCCAAGCUUCCCCCACCAUCGAUCUUACAGACUCUUCAUCUGUGAUUCCAUCUUCACCAGUUGAAACAGUGGCCAUAAGCACAACUUUGCCGUUAGUGCCAGAAGAGAGCACAGUCAUAGUAUCAAGCUCCAUGGUGACCCAAGACGUGACAUCAUCGUCUAUUAUUGCUCCAAUGUCUCUAGAGCUGUCUGCCAGUACAACACCAGUAGCAACACUGCUAACUGCUCAGUUUACAAGCUCAGAGGUUUUCGAAGCUACUAGUUCAGUUGCAGUACAAGUUUCAUCACCAGUGGUAACACCUACAGCUGUGUUUACCACUAUCCAAGCUUCCCCCACCAUCGAUCUUACAGACUCUUCAUCUGUGAUUCCAUCUUCACCAGUUGAAACAGUGGCCAUAAGCACAACUUUGCCGUUAGUGCCAGAAGAGAGCACAGUCAUAGUAUCAAGCUCCAUGGUGACCCAAGACGUGACAUCAUCGUCUAUUAUUGCUCCAAUGUCUCUAGAGCUGUCUGCCAGUACAACACCAGUAGCAACACUGCUAACUGCUCAGUUUACAAGCUCAGAGGUUUUCGAAGCUACUAGUUCAGUUGCAGUACAAGUUUCAUCACCAGUGGUAACACCUACAGCUGUGUUUACCACUAUCCAAGCUUCCCCCACCAUCGAUCUUACAGACUCUUCAUCUGUGAUUCCAUCUUCACCAGUUGAAACAGUGGCCAUAAGCACAACUUUGCCGUUAGUGCCAGAAGAGAGCACAGUCAUAGUAUCAAGCUCCAUGGUGACCCAAGACGUGACAUCAUCGUCUAUUAUUGCUCCAAUGUCUCUAGAGCUGUCUGCCAGUACAACACCAGUAGCAACACUGCUAACUGCUCAGUUUACAAGCUCAGAGGUUUUUGAAGCUACUAGUUCAGUUGCAGUACAAGUUUCAUCACCAGUGGUAACACCUACAGCUGUGUUUACCACUAUCCAAGCUUCCCCCACCAUCGAUCUUACAGACUCUUCAUCUGUGAUUCCAUCUUCACCAGUUGAAACAUUGGCCGUAAGCACAACUUUGCUGUUAGUGCCAGAAGAGAGCACAGUUAUAGUAUCAAGCUCCAUGGUGACCCAAGAUGUGACAUCAUCGUCUAUUAUUGCUCCAAUGUCUCUAGAGCUGUCGGUCAGUACAACACCAGCAGCAACACUGACUAGUAGUGUCGGCCUAGAAACAACUCCAACCCCUUUCUUGUCAUCUUCUGCAGUAUUGGCACCGAGUUCAUCCACAACAUCACCCACAAAUUCGCAGGCUAUAUUCACUUCAUUUUUGGUCCAGCCAACAACUUCAUUUAUUGGAGCUUUCACAUCAACGUCUCCUGUGGUUCUACCAUCUUUUGAAGUAACCCUAACCCUGCAAGCACCAUCGACUAGCUCAGUGUUGCUUGAACCGACUCCAACCUCAUCUCUGCUGGAAUUCACCAGCUCAGUAAUACAAAUGCUGACCCCUUCUCCAACACAGAGUGGAUCUGUGUUCAGCUCUUCGUUGUUUGUCGCGGAGACUCCAACCAGCAGCUUCAGUGUAGUGGUGUCAAGUGAAGUUGGAACAUCCUCGGUGGUUGAUGAGUCCAUCUUUCCCACAACUAUGGAUAUCUUAACCUCAUCUACAGUGGUGGUUGAGGAUUCACAGUUUAUCUCUCCCACAACCAUGGACGUCAUAACAACAACCGCAGUUGUCCUUACACCAACCACAGUCGUGGUGGUUAGUUUAACAUCAUCCCAAGCACUGCUCACCUCUGCUCCGACAACUACGCAAGUGGGAUCACUGACACCCACCACUAAUGCAACGGAAACAUUUCCCUUUCAAACCACAAGCAUUAUUCCAGCUGUAAGCAUGUCAAGUUUUCUCGAUUUCACUGUGCAACCAUCACUUGAAGUAUCCACCAUAGCCUCAACACCUUUUCUCAGUACUACUAUUGGGCCAAUGCUGACACCAACUCCAACCUUUUCAAGCAGCCUUGCUUCACUGUCUACUGAGCUCUUUGUUCCCCCAGCUACAUUUUCUUCAGAAUUAUUUUUUCCUUCAGUAUCGGUUUCAACAUCUGUCUCUGCAUCACUAGAGACCACCACAGCUUUUCUUACUUCUACUCCGACUCCUACUCCAUCGUUCUCAGAAGAAAUAUUCCUGACGACUUCCACGACAGGGCUAACAUCGUUCACAAUACAACCAUCAAGCACAUUUGAUGUUGUUGCAAGCCUGUCAUUUGCCACAAGUUCUGUACAAACGUUUUUGUCUACGACCCCCGUCUUUAUGCCGUUAACAACAUCUUUUUCCGUUGAAACUUCAUUUGUCCAAACUGAAACUCCCAGCAUUACAUUUUCCACUGCUGCAACUUCAAUGCCGUUUACUAUAGACAUAUUUCCAAGUAGCACAGUUUUUACUUCGGUUACUCCUGUUGAGACUACAAUCACUGAAACUCCACAACCAACUAGUAGCAGUAUUAUAUUUGUGGAAUCAAGUACUCCAUUGAUCAUUGGCCCUUUUACUUCUUUGCUCGAGAGCUCAGUGUUUACCAGUACUCAGUCAACGGCGAGCUUAACACUGGGUGUGUCUUUCAGUACAUUUCUCGCACUAUCUCCAUCUACAUCAUUCAUAGUUCCAGUCACCGACACAGCAGUGUUUGGUGCCUCUUCCAGUGUCCUUGAAACAUUCACACAACUCCCGACUCUUUCCCUGUCAUCAGAAUUUAUUUUUCAACCUACCACAACUGUGCAACAAGUGACACCAACACAGACUCUGGAGCAAUCCUCAAGUUUCAUACUGUUUCCAAUGACAAGCUCAAUGUUUUCCCCUGGGAUUUCCACACCAUUCACUGUACAGUCACUGACCAUUACUCCAUCCCCUACACUGACUAUUGAAGUCAAUCCUACUCUGACAUUUACCAGUGAGCCAUCAUUUGUUUUUACUCCCUCAAUGAGCAGUCUAACAGCUUUUGAGCCCAUCACGUCUUCUGAGUUCUUGCCAACUUCUUCUUCAGUUAUAGGCCUUACACUGAUUCAAUCAACUCCAACAUUUACUCUGACUCUAUCGCCUACCUCCACACUUGUGUCGCCAACUGCAUUUACAACUACACCCCUUCUUACUGAAGUAUUGACCACCUUCACUUUUAUGACUGAAACAAUGCAGAGCAUGUCGUCAACCAUAAUCUUUGUACCUCAGACAACAACUGUACGGCUGACUCCUGAACCAACACCAUCUUCAGUUCAGCCAACCUCCAUACCUUCUUUUAUAGUUGAACCUACCUUUACUCUUCAGGCAAGUUCAGCUGUAGUAACCAGUGAAGUGAGUCCAACGCCAUUCGUAUCUUCACCUGAGGUGCUGCUCUCUUCCACAUCAUUCGUCCAAUUUCCAGAAACAAGCUCAGUACUUGUAUUACAACCAACGUCAACCGUUGCUUUUGAACAAACCCUGUCAACUUUUGAAUUCACCCCAUCCCCAGUCCAGUCAGUGACUACAACACCUGAAGCCAGUUUCACUAGCAGUGUGUUAGCCACCAGCAGCACACCGAUUAUUGUUGUAGAAAGUAACAGCAGUGUGUUAGCCGCCACCAGCACACCAAUUCUUGUUGUAGAGAGUAGCAGCAGUGUGUUAGCCGCCACCAGCACACCAAUUCUUGUUGUAGAGAGUAGCAGCAGUGUGUUAGCCGCCACCAGCACACCAAUUCUUCUUGUAGAGAGUAGCAGCAGUGAGUUAGCUGCCAGCACCACACCAGUUCUUGCUAGCAUGAGCAGUGUGUUAGCCACCAGCACACCCAUCCUCUUUGCGGAGAGUAGCUCAUUCUUCUUCCAGCCUACCUCUACUCUGGUUGCUCCUCCUAGCUCAACACCAUUGCUUUCCUUGGCACUGUCUGCUUCCAUCCAAGUGCCUUUCUUCAGUACCAGUUCCUCAGUCGUGCAGCCUGUUACAACCACAGUAUCUCUCCCAUUCUCAAUGUCACCUACACCAACACCAACCCCUGAACCAUCUUCCAUUCCCAGACUUCCACCUCUAGCACCACUCACUCUGGUUGUCGACGGCCUGGGGAGCCCCCUACAAGAUCGACCGAUACGUCUGAAUGACUCGGAUGGUCUUCGCUAUGAGGCAAACGUGGGUGCAUACAUUGGCAUUACUGGGGAUGAUACAGUAGGGAGAGUAAAUGUCAGUUUUGGAGAAUUCUCAGGUCACUCAGAUCAAUUCAGCCAAGUUCCCAGUAGCUCAGUGAAUAUCGAAGCGACAUUAGCCAGUAAUGAAAUAUGGCCUGACAACCCACGGAUUGUGCUUGCUGUACAAGUGAGAGACAAUCUACUACUGAGCACAAGAGACUUGAAUCAGGAGAACGUGACAGCAGAAGUAAAUCGUUCAUCGUUACAAAGUGCCAGAGGUAGCUGCAAGCCAGACAUCGAAUCUGGUGUUUGUGUCAUACACAUUGAUCUUGACGAUAGUUGGUUCCCAGCCAGCAACGAUAUUACAGUUGAUGUCCACGUUUCACAUCGAUUUGGGAACACUACUACCUUAAAUGCCACAUUAAAACCAACAGUCCCAGUGGAUAAUAGCAGCAGCCUUUUCAUGGUGCUCCCAAUGCAUCCAGUGUUCCCUGGUGAUGAAAUCUCCAUUCGUGUCUAUGCGAGAUAUGAGUACCUGCUCACUAGUUUCUCCCUCAUCUGCUCCGUCGGUACACCAGCCUCAAUUCUUGGUUUUACUGGCCCUACAAACUGGAGUCUUGUACAGUCUUUCGAAGCCAAUGACCCCAGUCAGGUGCGUGGGUCAGUCACAGGAUUCAGAAACUACGAUACCGACAAUGUAGCCCCAACUAAUCUUGGGCCAGAACUUCUCACAAAUCUGUCAGUAGAUGUAGGCCACGUUUCAUCACCAGUAGAGCUUUCUGUUGAGUGUAAGGCAGUGGGUUUGCUACUUACUACUAAAGAUAGGCCAGAGAUAGAUAUUUAUGCAAACGCCACUGACAGGAUGAGGGUAAGAUCUGGACAGGGACUUCUCUUUGCUCAGCCUAUAUCUGUCAUCAAACCUUUUGCCCACUCCAGCAUCAACCAGCUCAUAAACAUUGCUUAUCUUACUGGCACACGGCAAUAUUUGAACCUUUCAGUUCAGGCUUUCCAUGUGGAUGGUUCUUUGACCCCACUGGCGGAAAAUCUCACAUGUAUUUCACAGAACCAGAGCAUUAUAAAGGUAGAGAGUGGCUGUUCGUAUGUGUAUCUUGAUGGUACAGAGACCACUGGUGGUGAGACAAAUAUAGUAAUUAUGGAGAAUAACAGCAUAAGUGAAAUCCCGUUCAGAGUGUGGCUACCUGAUUAUACUUAUAUUGAACUCGAAAAUGACACACUGAACAAAAUUGAUACGCCAGAGUGCUCAGAUAACUCUACUGUUCUCUAUCAGACAACUCGUGUGCAUGUAGUGACCACACUUCACUCCUUGAAUCGGCCAUCCAUUGAAUUUGUGUACAUCACAUCAGAAAUACUGCCCUACCUGAAAACCAAUGACAGUAACACCAUCCAAAUAAAUGACACUUCCGGUGAGGUAAUGGCCUUAAGAGCUGGUUCGGCUGAAAUAUAUUGUGAGGGAACCAGAAUCGACUCAAGACAGGUGACAGUGAGUGAUGUAGACCCAGUUACAGUGCUGUAUCUCGAUGUCUUUGUAUUUAGUGGUAUUAAUGUGAGUCUCAUUGGUGGCAACAGUAUGCCAACAGCGGUCGACAUAAACCUUCUUCAGGAUUUUGCCCAUGUCAACUCUGAAGUGAGCGUUGUAGGCGUGGCUGUGUUUAGUGAUGGACGACGACAAGUAAUUGACCCAGACUCUGCAAUAAUUACCCCAACUACUAAUGGGACCCUUUCAGAUAAUCAGCGUGGACGAUAUAUGAUCACAGAGAGCGUGAGUGAAGUUGGAUUUAAGUUCCAGUGGAUCAUAUCUUCAGGGUGUAUCAUAAUAGAAGAUGAAAAUGUCACUUCUUUCGACAGUUCUACACCUACAUCACUGAGUGUAUCUGUUGAUUCUAGUACAGUGGCUCCCGAGGGAGACCCAGCUAGCCUUGCUGGAACACCUGGUGCUGUUAAUCUGGUGGUUUAUCUUGUGUAUGAAGACCGAGAGGUUGAUAUCACUCUCAACAGCAACACCAUAAUCCAAUUCCCCGAAUAUCUGAUUACUAUUGAAAAUGGUGUGAUUAAAGCUAAUGGGUCAAUGACUAAUGGAACUGCUAAUAUCACAGUAAACUUUGAAAAUCUAGUUCGAAAAACUACCAUAACUGUAGUGAGAGGAAUAGGGCUAAAUGUGUCGGCCCACCCAUUCCCCCCAUGCGAAGGCUCUGGGAACUUUCCAGUGACGAUAACUAUUAAGAAAAUCGGAUCAUCCUUUCAGAUGGUAGAGAUUGAAGUGAAAGUGAUGAAUUCAGAUGGCAAUGAACACACAGUACCCAUGAACAGUGACUUAUUACAAAUCACGGCUGGAGAGUAUUAUAAUGAGUUAAAUGGGAGUGUUUUAGCAUUACCUGAUAAUGCUACUUCUCCAGUAACCAUCAUGGCUGUGUUUGGAAGUCUUGAUGAAAGAGCUGGAAAUAAUGGUUGAAAAUGAGGAGCUAAGUGUCGAAACUAUAACCAACAUGACGUUUACUCCCUCUGGGCUGAACCAGUACCAAAUUGAAUUUGGUAUAACCUUUGAAUGUGGUAUCUCUCUUACCUCAAUUUCUACCAGUCAAUACCCAAAUCUAGUUGAUUUCAAUUUUACAUCAACUGCUUCAGACGUCAUUGACAUUACUGAUACUGGUAUCAUUAAUGUUCUAUCGAACUUCAACAAGUUAAUUGAGAUCUGUGCAAUAUCUAAUGUUAGUGUGUCGACUUGUGCAAACUUUACUGCUAAUCUGCAACCAGGGAGUGGAGAAAUUGACCUUGGACAUGAAACAGUGAAUGGGGGUGAAGUCGUGUCAGUGUUUUUGAACCUCAACGAUUCAAGAGUUGGUAUAUUCGAGAUGGACCUCAAAUUUGACAGUGGUCUCUUGGAUUUCAGUGACCUCACACAGGGGAGUGACUGGGAGAGUGGUCAGAUUGUGUACGUGCCCCCAGCCGGCACCGAGAGCAGCGUUAGUUUUGGUGGCAUUCUCCAUGCAGGUGCCCAGGGACCUCGACUGCAUCUAGCCGACGUUGUUUUCACCACAGGUGGAGUGGCCGGGAGGGCAAACUUCAGUGCAAACGUAAGCUUCAUAGCCAUGAAUGACGUGGACACUACUCCUCUGGCAACCGAUGCACAGCGGGUGUCAGACUCUAGCCGCAUCAGUGUGGAGAUUUACAGUGAAAGGAGAAGACGCAACGCAUACGAGCCACCGCUGGCACCCCCGCCAGUACAGGGACACGGAAUUAGAAGACUCAGACGGGAAACCAAUUCUGCCGACUGCAACGUGGUGGGCGACACAAAUGGAGACUGUGUCGUGGACCUGAGGGACGUGUAUCGACUCCAGUUGUAUGUGGCUGAAAGUGUGCUCAAUUUCUCAUCUUCCACCGGACAACUGCUUCAACAAACCAUCGACGAGAGAACACUUACACAGCUGGACUUGGAUGGGGACGGCGAACUCACACUCACCGAUAUCCUAGAACUGGAAAUAAUCACGCAAAACCUGGCAUACGAAGCCGAUUUCAACGCAACUGUUGAUUUCAACGCAACGAUCGAUAGAUGUGCCAUUGAUAUAUAUGGACACAUUGAAUCGCUCAGUGGCGAGAGACCACCAGCUGAGGCCAAAGUCCAGUUGAUCAUUGAAUUUCUCUCAACAGAGUCAGAUUUCGCAGGCGUGUUUGCCAACAUGACAUUCGCAAGCACUGGGAUCGAUAAAUCAGAUCCGUACCAACACCCGUACUAUGGCGGAAAAGUGAGAAUGGCCCUAGAGCCGGAACCUGUAGAAACAGACUUCAGGCUCUAUGGAACAGCAGAGGCUCUGUCUGUCAGUUUCAACGUGUCUGUUGCAGUGGUUGUCACUAAGAAUGGGACAGAGAAUGAGGUUCUUGCCUUCAGCAGUGAAGUCAGUGAUUUUGAAGAGGCACAAAAUCUGCUAAGUUUCGAUUCCCAUGAGUUUGUCAAUGCUCCUGGUAUAAUUGCAUCAGGUGUGUGUGUACCACCAAGCACAUCUUUGGUUGGCAUGUCGAGUACUUCUUCUAUUGCUCCCACCCCGUCUCCCUCUGUUGAUCAACUCACUACCACUCUCGGUGGAGAGACAACUUCUGCAGAUAUGUCUACCUCACUUUCUAGCCCUUCCUCUACAAUUGCCCCCACUGUGUCUCCCUCAGUUAGUCAGUUCGCCUCUGUCGGUGGAGAAAUAAGUUCCGCAUCCAUUUCUAGCACUUCCUCCAUUGCCCCUACUUCGUCACCCUCUGUUAGUCAGUUGGCCACUGUCAGUGGAGAAACAAGUUCAGCAUCAAUUUCUAGCACUUCCUCCAUUCGGGCCACUGCCUCCUCAGUCAGCCAAUUAGGCUCUGUUAGUGAAGUAGCUUCAGACACAUCGUCCACCACUAUUUCUAGCACUGUCUCCACCCAAAGCCAAAGUCCUACUCCAUCACCAUUGUCGUCUUCAUUGCCUUCUCAGACAUCCACAUCUCGUACUCAGUCAGAACAAGUCAGUUCUUCUGCUAUUUCACCACUAGCCACUUCUCCAUCGCCCAGUACAGAACCCUCCACAACAACCAACGAAACAUCUGUUGCACCGAGUACACAGCCAAUUGUUAGCUCUUCUACGACAGUUCCUAGUCAAUCGUCCAUUGGCGAACAAGCCACUACUACCUCUUCAGCAGGAGCCGGCAUUGAACCAUCUAUGAGUAAACCAUCUUCCUUGUUGGUACAUACUUCUCAAACAUCUACAGAUUCCAGCAUUUCCUCCACCUCCACACCUCCGCCACUGCCCGAAGACGAACCAGUAGCGGGUACUAACAGCGCUGGAAUCAUAGGUGGAGUGCUGGGCGCCAUCAUAGUCUUGCUGAUCAUGACUCUGGUGGGGAUUGGCCUGGUUAGGUUUACACGGAGAAAGAAGGGUCACUACCUGGUGGACGAGAGCAGUGGUGUGCACAUCAGGAGGAACAGCAUGAUCUCUAACGGUUCUAGUGACUUCUGGAGACAGGCCGAAAAUGGAAUUGAGAUGAGUCCAAUUCACAGCAACAUUGACAUAGUUCCACUGGACCACUACGGCAGCAUGAUAGAGACCAACAUUGACGUGGUGGCCAACCACAACAUCAUCAUGAGUGACGAUCCGUACGGCUCCACCAGCCUCAAACCUCUCAUUCCCAAUGGGAACUCUCCCGAGAGGGGCCCGCCAAAGAAAGGCCCUGCUCCAAUGGGAUCCAGAGCACUGCAGAGUGCAAGCUAUGCUGACACGGGCACCAUUCAUACUGGAGCCACCACCAUGGUAGGCUACACAAGCAGCUCAAUGGAGAGAUCGACUGACUACGACGAAGAUGAGGACGAAGGACAGCUCGUUCUUCCUGACUACGAUGCCUCCCAGGCCUACCUCUCUCUCGGUCUCACCCCGCUCUCUCAACUAUCGCCAGACACACACACAUCCACAGAUUUCGGAUACUUUCCGUCAAUGCCCCCGCCAGUUGCUUCCUCCACAUCGUCCAUAUUCUCAACGACUCCCAGUAACAGCAGUCUGGCAAUGGACAACCCCUUCAGUCUUCACAGUGGUGGAAGUGGACAGGGCAGUGGGAUCAUCAACAGCUCCAUGAUGCCUGAUGCCAUCCCAGAGAGACGGGGCCGCAGGAACAAGUACGAUGCCCAACCUCUGUCGCAAGGCUUUCCCCUGAGACUGGAACCAGUGCCUGAACAGAGCCCAUCAAAUAGCCAGUUCUCCGGGAAGCAGAAUGAACUUUCCAGCUCCGAAUCUUCAAAAGGCAGCCCGUCACUCUCCACGAAUUUCAUGUUCCCAUCGGCAGUUCCAACACAAGAGUUCUGCCGUCUCUCCCAGGGAAGAACUGCUCUGAGGGUGAAGCGUCCGGGAGGAAAGGGAAGCAGCAGAGAAAACUUGAAUGCAGUAUCUCCGAAAAGAACCACUGUGCAGGGUGGGGGAUAUGGGAGCUUUGGAACAUCGCAGCAGAUGAGAAGAUUCAAAUCAAGUUCAUCGCCAACAAAGACGAGGCAUCGAACUCGAGACCUUAGACAACAAGAGGAACACGAGGAGAGCAUGCGGCCAUGGGCCCGUGGCAGUCCGGAACCUGAGUCCCACUAUCCUAUGGGGAACGGAUUCGAUGACAUGGUCAAUGGUCACAGGAGCCCUCCACUUGGUGAGACUCAUUUCAACAGCAUGGAAAUGAUGAAGAGGCCGUCUUCCCGGACUCGUAAAAACUAUUCCACGAGUAAUGGAAGCACCAAUCAAAUGGAUGAAUCAUCCCCUCACAAGUGGACACCUCGGCGUGCACAUCAUGCUUCGCUGGACGACAGCCCAGUCAAGUCUUACAGAGCAGAGCGCUCCGACAGUGCACGGCUCCGCACUACCUAUGAACAUAGAUAAACAUAAAUUUUCUUUGAUCCAUUUUUGUCCAUGUGUGUAUGUUUCAUAAGUCAUAAUUUUUAUACCCAUCUACCACUUAGUGUGACGGAUAGGCGCG